AUGGAGUUUCUGGGGACCACAUCACCAGCCAGUUACUGUGGCACAAAGAAAUGCUGCCUGUUCCCGGAUCUAGCUCCCACCAGCACCACCAAGGACACCUAUCAACUCUACUACCUACCAGGCUGCUGCUACCUCAGCUCCUGGAGGCCCAGUCAGCUUCACAAAGUGGUUUUGGCCCCUCCGAGCUCUGAAAAGCAAUUUAAUCCCGCUGGGUGGCCGCUCGCUGUUCUGCCUGCCUUACGCUCUAGCCUGCAUGCCCGCCACAGCACUUGUGACUGGCACCACGCAAACAUGGUUCAAAUAAAAGCCUCUGAAGCCUCCAGGCACUGUGCUGGUAGACUGAAUGCUGAUUCAAUGAGACUGACGCAAGAUAAGGAUCAACUGACUUAUCAGACGCAAGAAGACAGUAGAAGAAAUCUGGGAGAGAGGAUCUCCAACAUUGGUUUCUGGAGAUCUGAGCUCAUCUAUGAGCUAGAGUGUCUGCUGAAAGAGACCCAAGCCUUGGAAACUGUAAAGAAGUGGCUCGAAUGUACUGCAAAUGAAAUAGAAGGACCACUGAAGGUAGCUUUAGAAUGCUUGUACCACCGUGAGAAGCAUAUAGACUGAGUUCACGACGAUGUGGAAAAGAACCUCAUAAAGGAGCUUGAUGUACUUAAGGACGGUCAAGAAACAUUGACAAAACUUGCACAAAAAAUCAGUCACCAGUUGGGCAUCAACAGAGAUGCACAGCAUGCCCUGGAGCAGGAUCUUUCUGACAAAAACUCAGCCCGUUUUAUUGAUGAGAAGUGCUUUAACCUGAGGGACACAUCAGACAGCAUCAACUUUUACCAUGGAGCAGAAAAAGCAGAUGGGAU